UGAUGUUCCUCAUCCAAAUCUCCGCGGCUUUCAGAGCCUACGUGCAGUCAGUCAUGAGCAAGUUUUGGUAAAGAAAAAGAGGAAGGAAUCCUCCUGAAACCCCGACCCAUUCAAAACACGAGCAGUCUGCUGCUGGAGCCGGUGGUCGAGGCGACGAUGCUCCUCGGAACAAGCGUGUGUCUGUGUGUCCUCGUGCUGUCUCUGCGGGUGGAGGCUCAGUAUGAGAAGUACAGCUUUAAAAGUUUCCCCCAGAAGGACAUCAUGCCGCUGGACACCGCGUAUGGCUACGCGAUGGAGCAGUACGCGGCGCAGAACUGGGACGACAGCAUCAAGUAUCUGGAGCUGAGUCUGCGGCUCCACCGGCUCCUGCGGGACAGCGAGGCAUUCUGCAGCCGCAACUGCAGCACCGUGAGCCGGGCAGACCCGGACCCCGAACUCGGCGACAGCAGCCUCCGCGUCGUGCGCCACAUCCUCCUCAGAGCUGCGUGCCUGAAAAAGUGCAAGGCGCAGUUUCCAGUGUUUAAAGUCGCGUAUCCACGCAGGGAUGUACUGGAAACGUUCGAACAAAGGAUACCGUACCGGUACAUACAGUACGCGCACUACCAGCUGAAUAACGUGGAGAAGGCUAUCGCAGCAGCCCACACUUACCUGAAGAAGAACCCGAAAGACUCCUACCUGACCAAGAACAUGAACUACUACAAGACGCUGUUCGACGUGGAGGAAUAUCUCAUCGACCACGAGGAGCAGCCGUACGAGAGUGUGUUCCUCAAGAGCGUGAUGCUCUACAACACUGGGGACUUCAGCAACAGUGCCCGGAACAUGGAGCAGGCCGUCACACAGUACUUUGAGAUCUACAGCCUCUGCCAGGCGGGCUGCGAGGGCUCGUUUGAGAUCGUGGAGUACAAAGACUUCUACCCCACGAUGGCGGAUCUCUACACCGAUGUGCUCAAGUGUAAGAUAAAAUGUGAGGAGAACCUGACGCCCAACGUUGGAGGAUUCUUUGUGGAGAAGUUUGUCGCCACGAUGUAUCACUACCUCCAGUUUUCCUAUUACAAAUUGAACGACGCAAAGAACGCUGCUCCGUGUGCAGCCAGUUACAUGCUGUUUGAUCCCAAAGACCAGGUGAUGCAGCAGAACGUCGCAUACUACCGUUUUUACCGGGAGCAGUGGGGCCUCGAGGAGCCAGACUUUCAGCCUCGGACUGAAGCACUGAGGUAUUUUAACCAGACAACCAAACUGAAGGAGAUGCUGGAGUUUGCACUGAACUACCUUCAAACAGACGACGAGGGCGUGGUAGGUCCAGAAGAAACGGGGGCCCCACACUUGGAGAACCCCGACGUGGAGUUCGAGGGGAUGGGAGAUUAUGAAGAGUCGUUCCUGGCCGACUGGUGGCAGGAACCUAAAACAAAGUGGGACAUUGGAGAAGAGACAAACUGACCUCUGACCUCGUACCGUAUGUAAGCAGAGUGCUUCUUCGCCCCAGCUCUGUCCCACCUGUCAGGACGACAUACCAAAGACUACUGACAGACAGACAGACAGACCAACAGUUCCAUCAGUAUUAAGCAGGAAAACAUGACUCACACUCAAGCUCUUCGUUCUCCUGAACUUCUCCAUCAUGUUGAUCCAGAUCAGAGAUUGACAUAUUCUGUCUUGGCUGCCAUCAGCCUCUUAAAAACAAACACCUUUUUUUUUAUAACAAAUCACUGGCCAAUGACUCUUCUACCAUGUUUAUUUAAGGAAAUCUGACAUGUAGCUUUUCUAAUGCCGAACAACCAACUGGGUUGUAAUAAUUUGGUCAUAAAAAUAAAAUAUUUUAAUAUAUAUAUAUAUAUAUUAUUUCCCCAGUUAAUUUCAGCAGGAUUGUAGUAGAGUGAUGGGAUGAUACAUUUUAGAGUACAAUUGUGAUGUUUUUAUUCAGUAAUUUAUUGAGGGGGAAAAAAAACAAGAAAUAGAUUUAGAUUUGCAGCUUUUUUCCCCUUUCAUCCUUUUUAAGUUGGAAAUCCCAUUGUUAGUUUAAACAGUGGGAAACAGAAUUACACAAUUCUGCCUGUUUGUGAACAUAAAAAUGAUUAUAAACAGGGAAACGGGCAAAGGUAGGUGCCAUGUGAGAACAGGAGGUGUGGUUCCAUGUUUUAGUAUUUUAUUUUUCAAUCCAUCUACAAGCCUUGGUUCAUUUCUUUCUUUUUGUCUCAAUUCAAAAAGAUAGUGUCUAAAAAAGAUAGUGUCUUUUUCUCUUUUUUUUUUACCCCCCUCCCUUCACUUGGAACGGCCAGAUUGGAUUUGAUACCAUCUCUGUACAUACUGUUAUUACGAUAGUGCAUCUGCCGUAGUGCUAAGCUUAAACAGACCAAACUUAUAGCUUGUGCACAGUAUCAAGACAAGUUGCCUCCUGGGACACUUAAUCAAGAUCUCUUUAAUCUCAUCUACAGUGGAGGUUUCAUUACAAAGUCUCUGGGCUGUGGCGUUCGCCCGCGGCAUCGGGGCUAUCAACAAAUGUACAGAGGAAGUCAUGUGACAUUUCAGUGACAGCUGGAAUGAUACAAGAGAGAACAUGACAGCCAGCUUAGCUGUGACACUGUCCUAUAAAAAAAUGCAUUGAUUACAGUAGAGAUUUGCAGAUGCGGGUCGAGUCGAGAGACCGGUACGUUUGCUGGAACAUAAAAUCCUAACAUAGCAUUUAAAUAAAUCUUCAAACAGUGCGUCAACAUUCAGCUUAUCUUGCACUUAUUUACAAAUCGUUGUGUGCGUACAAGUUGGCUAGUGCUCGUCUUCUGUUGGUACGUGACGUAAAAACAGUUGGGAUUCUUUUAUUGAUGUGCUGCUUGUGUGGUGCCAUGGCUGCAGCACACGGAAAGAAGUGAUUCUUCUUCUAGAGGUAAAAACCUGCCCCAUUGUACCAGUGACAGGACCAGUGUUAAGGUGUACAUGGACACAGUUGCCCCUAACACUAAUGUAAACAUGUACAUUCUUCCCUUGUUUAAAAAUGAACUCACACCCGUACAUUCACCUGUGCAACAAUACAAACACACGCACACAUUAAAACCUCCUAAGCGUACAAAGUUUGGGCCUGAAAGUGGUGAUCACACACACGCACGCACACACACACACACACACACACACAGACGGGUAUUGUGGAAUGUAUGUUGGUCAGUCUGUGGUAGGAAACACUAAGUUUGCGGUCUCUGCUGCUUUCAAAGUUCAGUGAUUGAAAAUGAUCCCAAAAACCAAAAAAUAAAACACCCAUCUUCCUCUUUU